AUGUCCUUCAGAGAAUACACUGUCACUCUAGUACUGCAAGAAUCCGAGAUAGAGGAGACACUUCAGGCUUUUCUGCACACAGUACUAUUGCAUCGAACAUUUCCAACGCUCAGUUUUAAAGAUGGAGCUGUCAGUUACACAUCUUACAUAGGGAUUGAGGAUGUCGACUGCAAAACCAUUGACCUGACUUACGUUAAGGUAGCAUCGGAUCCUCUGCAUGAACGCAUAGCUGGCCACGUUGCGAUGUUAGCAAAAGCCCUCCGUGGAGACUCCGAAAGUAGAUGCGAUAAACCUCCGAAAGGUUGCAUUACACUGGCGUUUGUCGCUAACCGUAAGGGUAGUUGGGUGCUCGGAUGUGAACCAUCAGUGUGGGAGCGCUGGGUCUUUAAUGUCGAACUGCAGUCAAUAACCUCGAACGGUGUAGAACGUCGUCAGGAAUUAGCAGCACAAAUCAAAGGGGAAUUACUCUACGUCCUUGACUGCAUUAAUACAUCUGAGAAUUCCUUACCCGAACUGGGAAGUUCCCAAUCCGAAUGCGAUACCGUCAUCGACUUCUCCAUGCCGGAGGUUUCACCCUAUCGGUUCAACCUAAUACACUUCCCUGAAGCAACACAAAUAAAGCAGAAUAAAUCCUCAGGAAUACGGCGAUUUUAG